UCUGGGAAAUGGCGAGGCCACCAAACUUUCCCCUUCCUUUGGGGCAGUUUCCAGGCGGCAUGAUUCCCUCCCCGGGACCUUUUCCGCCCGGAAUCAUGUUCCCAACAGUACACGGGCCUGCCAUGAUCCCGGGGAUGGGGAAUUUUGUACCCAGACAUGCGUUCAGACCGCCGUUCCUCCAGCCGGCUUCCUUCGGGCCAGGUGCGCUCCCACCCCGAGGGCCACCCCGACACGCCGGUCCCGUGGUACCGGGACAGGGCCGCGGGGGACCGGGACAGGGCCGUGGGGUGUCGCCGGGACCUCGGCCCAGAGGCCCAUGGGCACAGGACCGUAGAAAGGGCAACUUUAGUCAAGAUAACAGGCAGCAAAGAAAGAAGGCCCAGCUCAGUAAGGAUGACACCCCGUUCUACUGUGAUCCAUGUGACAGAGGCUUCAAGACUGAAGAACUGCUCAAGAAACACCGGGAGACUCAUAUACAGUGUUACCAGGAAGGCUGUCCCUAUGUAGCAGCAGCAAAGCUGGUCAAGCUGCACCAUAAGCUGACUCAUCUCUCCAGGUUUUCCCAGGUCCUCAGUAAACUGGACACUCCUGAAGAUAUCGUGAAGUGGCGAGAGGAAAGGAGAAAAAAUUACCCUACUGUUGCCAAUGUCGCAAAGAAGGAGGAAGAGAUGAAGAAAAGAAGAGAAAGAGGAGAAGUACUAAACACUCGAGAAUUUGGGAAGAUGCGAGGGAGAGGGAGGGGGAGAGGAAGAGGCAGGGGGAGGGGGUUUGGACGAGGGGGGAGGGGAGGCUAUCAUCAUCAUCAUCACCAGCAGAACUUCAACCAAUCACCAGGCAGGAAGAGGGGACCGUCAGAGGUGGAGGAUGAUGGGAGUCCUCAGAAGGUGGCAAAGCAUGAUGGGUCUGAUGUCACAAAGUCACAUGACCCUACAGCUGACCCCAUGGCAUAUCUGAUGGAUGAAGGGAGCUCUUCUGAUUCAGAGCCAGCAGAACUACCUGCCCAUGCUGCCCUGAGUGCUGCCACCCCCCCUGCAGCAGUGGUAGUGCCCAGACAGGUGACAUCAGGACUGGGCAGCCUGGUGGCAGCGUAUGGAGGCAGCUCAGAGAGUGAGGAGGAGGAGGGGGAAAUCAGAGAUUCUCCUGUUCCAAAGCUGAUAAAGUCACCACAACUACCUGUACCUACACAACAACGACAACAAUGUACAGCCCCACAUACUGGCAGUGAAGACAGGCAGUGGUCCUACCCAGAGGGAAGGAGAGGUGCACCAUGGGAAAGGGGUAGGGGCAGAGGUCGUGGAAGGGGCAGAGGUAGAGGUCAAGGUCGUGGUGACAGCUGUGGGAGAGGACGUGUAGCACCUGAUCAGCUGCACCUGAGAAAGAGACGGGCGACACUGUUGGAGAUGCUGCUGGCUCCAGACAUCAGACAUGAGAGGAACGUGGUGUUACAGUGUGUGCGAUAUGUCGUCAGGAACAAGUUCUUUGGGAUAGGAAGUACCAGACUUGAUCCUGUUACCUCACAAACUGAUGUUUCAACACAAGAAGACUCCACAAGUCAAAUAACAGAAGGCCAAACUAAUAAUGAAGCCAUUGUGGAGGCCAAACCAUUACAGAAGACUGAGGAUCUUUGAGUAUUUUCAGUAAUGUAAAUGCAUUUUGUCUUGUGAGUUGUCUCCAACCAUCUUAUGAGUUGACUUUUUCAACAGUUCUAAGU